AUGGGCGAGGGGAUGGACGAUGUUGUACCAAAUGUGUUCGAUUUGGCAGACUUUAUUCCGGUAUGGCUCCACCCCUUCUUAGCCGAUCCUCGCCACACGUUUUGUGGGGUCAGUAUCAAAGAUGACGUGGACAAAUUAUACGAUCGUCACAAAUUAUGCGUGAGAAAAAUCGCGGACCUGAACGAUCUUGCAAGACUGGCGACAAUCAACAGUCAAAAUGGAAACGGAGGGUACAAAUACAUGGGAUUGAAGAAGAUGGCGUCUGCAGUUCUUGGAAAGAAGAUGGAGAAGCCAUUGAACGUGACGCUCAGUAAGUGGGAUGUUGUGGAGCUUGAUCAUGAUCAAAUUGAAUAUGCAACCAUUGAUGCGGUAGUUUCUUACCAACUUGGUUAUACACUGUGCACGCCGAUUUUUUUCGUCCGCAGCCAGACUUUAUCGUAG